AUGUCCUCAGCAGCCUGUGUUUCGGAGAACCCAAGGCAAAGCCCUUUCACCCCAGGACGCUACCCAGACAUACCCAUGUCUCCAACUGCCCUCUCUAAAGGCGACACACUGAGUUGCCAGGAUGGGUAAGAUUUCAGAUGAUCAACUCACAUAGAAAACAUUGUACCUUGUUGAUUUAUAUUGCAUAGGUCUGUAGAGAAUCAGAAUGUCAAUUCAUAUAGAAAUAAUGCCUUUUUGAUUUGUGUUUUAUAUUGAGAUGCUAAGAGAAGCUGAUUGUCCCAUAGGCUCUUCACUAAACGUGCUAGCCAAUCGGCGGAGGCCUGCGGCGUGACAUCAGGGUCAUGUGACCUGAGCAGGCAGAUCGUGUCCCAGUUGGAGUGCUACCUGUCCAAUGAACACCUGGCAGAGGACGGCUUCCUGCUCAAACAUGUCCAGAGGAACAGGAUGGGAUACGUCAGCCUCAAGCUGCUCACCUCCUUCAAAAAGGUAAUGCCAGCGUUAUGAGAUCAAGAUGGUUCCCUCAUUUGGUAUUUGGUAUUUUAUUAGGAUCCCCAUUAGCUGUUGCAAAAGCAGCAGCUACUCUUCCUGGGGUCCUCACAAAACAUGAAACAUGACAUAAUACAGAACAUUAAUAGACAACAGUUCAAGGACAGAACUACAUUAAAAUUAAAAUAUUUUCAAAAGUCACACGUAGCCUACAUAUCAAUACAUACACACAAACUAUCUAGGUCAAAUAAAGGAGAGGCAUUGUGCCGUGAGGUGUUGCUUUAUCUCUUUUUUGAAACCAGGUUUGCUGUUUAUUUGAGCAAUAUGAGAUGGAACGGAGUUCCAAGCAAUAAUGGCUCUAUAUAAUACUGUACGCUUUCUUGAAUUUGUUCUGGAUUUGGGGACUGUGAGAAGACCCCUGGUAGCAUGUCUGGUGGGGUGGGGUUGACAACUCCGUUGUGUCCUCCUCCCAGAGUGCAAAGAGCCUUGGCGUGACCCUGGACAACACUCUGUCGUUCUCCGCUAACAUCAAGGCGGUGACCCGAUCCUGUAUGCUCUACAACAUUCACAGAGUAUGACCCUGCCUUACACAGGAAGCGGCACAGGUCCUAAUCCAGGCACUUGUCAUCUACCGUCUGGAUUACUGCAACUCGCUGUUGGCUGGGCUCCCUGCCUGUGCCAUUAAACCCCUACAACUCAUCCAGAACGCCGCAGCCCGUCUGGUGUUCAACCUUCCCAAGUUCUCUCACGUCACCCCGCUCCUCCGCACACUCCACUUGCCUACGGAGCUGUGAGGGGAACGGCACCUCCGUACCUUCAGGCUCUGAUCAGUCCCUACACUCAAACGAGGGCAUUGCGUUCAUCCACCUCUGGCCUGCUGGCUCCCCUACCUCUGCGGAAGCACAGUUCCCGCUCAGCCCAGUCAAAACUGUUCGCUGCUCUGGCACCCCAAUGGUGGAACAAGCUCCCUCACGACGCCAGGACAGCGGAGUCACUCACCACCUUCCGGAGACACUUGAACCCCACCUCUUUAAGGAAUACCUGGGAUAGGAUAAAGUAAACCUUCUACCCCCCCUUACCCCACCCCAAAAAAUAAAAAAUAAAUAAAAUAAAAAUAACAAUUGUAAAGUUGUUGUCCCACUGGCUAUCAUAAGGUGAAUGCACCAAUUUGUAAGUCGCUCUGGAUAAGAGCGUCUGCUAAAUGACGAAAAUGUAAAAAUGUAAUGUAAAUGGGUAAGUGUGUGUGUCAGAGCUGUGUGUAAGUUGAGUAUGCAAACAAUUUUGGAUUUUCAACACAAUGUUUCUUAUAAAAAGAAUAAGUGAUACAGUCAGUCUCUCAUCAACUCUUAGCAAAGAGAGACUGGCAUGCAUAGUAUUUAUAUCAGCCCUCUGAUUACAAUGAAGAGCAAGACGUGCCGCUCUGUUCAUUUACUCCAAUGACUCUUAAACUUCUAAUUCAAGAAUUCCUCACAGCCAAUUUACUAUGCUGGUGAACAUUAUAUAAGCCUGGUCAGAAAAAUAUUGUGCUGUCUUGCCAACUACAAUGACCAAAGGAGUUGACAAGACAGCUCAAAUAGAUCUGGGACCAGGCUAUGUGGAUAUUGGUUAUGGUUUGAAAACACACAACCCAAAGCAAACCUAUUGUACGUACGCUAUGUUCAACAAACCAAACCUGGGCCAUAUUUAGUAGCCAAACGUUGAACACUGCAGAUAGAAAUGCCAUGAAGAGAUGCCAUGAAUAGAACAAACAUGCCUCACUGACAUGUAGAUUUGGAGGAUAAUGUGAUUCCUUAUUCUACAUGUCAGUGAGGCAUGUUUGUUCUACAUAUCAUAUUUACAGGUACUAAGCUCGCUAUAUACCCUGUUCCUAUAGUAACAACAGUGCCUUACAAAAGUCUUCACCCCCCUUGGCAUUUUUCCUAUUUUGUUGCAUUACAACCUGUAAAUUAAAUGGAUUUUUAUUUGGAUUUCAUGUAAUGGACAUACACAAAAUAGUCCAAAUUGGAGAAGUGAAAUUAAAAAAAUAACUUGUUUCAAAAAAUUCUACAAAAUAAAUCACGGAAAAGUGGUGCGUGCAUAUGUAUUCACCCACUUUGCUAUGAAGCCCCUAAAUAAGAUCUGGUGCAACCAAUUACCUUCAAAAGUCACAUAAUUAGUUAAAUAAAGUCCACCUGUGUGCAAUCUAAGUGUCACGUGAUCUGUCACAUGAUCUCAGUAUAUAUACACCUGUUUUGAAAGGUCCCAGAGUCUGCAACACCACUAAGCAAGGGGCACCACCAAGCAAGCAGUACCAUGAAGACCAAGGAGCUCUCCAAACAGGUCAGGGACAAAGUUGUGGAGAAGUACAGAUCAGGGUUGGGGUAUAAAAAAAUAUCCGAAACAUUGAACAUCCCACGGAGUACCAUUAAAUCCAUUAUUAAAAAAUUGAAAGAAUAUGGCACCACAACAAACCUGCCAAGAGAGGGCCGCCCACCAAAACUCACGAACCAGGCAAGGAGGGCAUUAAUCCGAGAGGCAACAAAGAGACCAAAGAUAACCCUGAAGGCGCUGCAAAGCCCCACAGUGGAGAUUGGAGUAUCUGUCCAUAGGACCACUUUAAGCCGUACACUCCACAGAACUGGGCUUUACGGAAGAGUGGCCAGAAAAAAGCCAUUGUUUAAAGAAAUAAAUAAGCAAAGACGUUUGGUGUUCGCCAAAAGGCAUGUGGGAGACUCCCCAAACAUAUGGAAGAAGGUACUCUGGUCAGAUGAGACUAAAGGAAGACGCUAUGUCUGGCGCAAAUCCAACACCUCUCAUCACCCCGAGAACACCAUCCCCAUGUUUUGAAUUGAAGGAAUGAUGGAUGUUGCUAAAUACAGGGAAAUUCUUGAGGGAAACCUGUUUCAGUCUUCCAGAGAUUUGAGAUGGGACGGAGGUUCACCUUUCAGCAGGACAAUGACCCUAAGCAUACUGCUAAUGCAGUACUAGAGUGGUUUAAGGAGAAACAUUUAAAUGUCUUGGAAUGGCCUAGUCAAAACCCAGACCUCAAUCCAAUUGAGAAUCUGUGGUAUGACUUAAAGAUUGCUGUACACCAGUGGAACACAUCCAACUUGAUGGAGCUGGAGCAGUUUUGCCUUGAAGAAUGGGCAAAAAUCCCAGUGGCUAGAAGUGCCAAGCUUAUAGAGACAUACCCCAAGAGACUUGGAGCUGUAAUUGCUGCAAAAGGUGGCUCUACAAAGUAUUGACUUUGGGGGGUUGAAUAUGUAUGCAUGCUCAAGUUUUUCAUUUUUUUGUCGUUUGUUUCACCCCCAAAAAAUAUUUUGCAUCUUCAAAGUGGUAGGCAUGUUGUGUAAAUCAAAUGAUACAAACCCCCCAAAAAUCCCUUUUAAUUCCAGGUUGUAAGACAACAAAAUAAGAAAAAUGCCAAGGGGGUUGAAUACUUUCUCAAGCCACUGUAUAUCUGAAUGUUCCAAAACGUUGCAUCCUCAUAUGCCGUCAAUGUAAAUAAUAAUGUGUACUUGAUUGACCUGCCUGGUAAAAUACCUGUGUGUCUCAGAUGAAGGAGCUGACGAGAGACUGGCGCACCACCCUGGCCGGAGCGCUGUGCUCUGAUUCGCUGGAGGUCAACAGGGAAGGGACCAAAGUGAGGCGCAGAGAGCCUCUGCCUGAUUGGCUGCUGAGCACCCCCAACAGCAAGCUGCUACUAGCCUGGAACCUGUUUGGUGAGAACACAGGAAGUGGCUUCACUACCCUCAGCAGCUUGGACCAGCAGGGAGUCCUAGAGAAAGCUCUGAAGCUGUUCAGUGCCCACGCUGCCGUGGCCUCGCUCCGUAUCCUCCGUCCUGGGAAAGAGCUUCCUAAGGAGCUGAGACGCCAUGCCAGGAGGCACGCCGAGCUGGGUAGCAGGUAAAACCAAAGACAGCGUUUGUUGACUAUUGAUCAUCAAUAUUGUCCUCUAUUAGGGAAGCCUCUAUGAAGUUCUGAACAUUGCUUCUGACUUUAGAGACAUGUUAGUGUAGUUUUACAGGACUGACAGACAGGGGUGCGGUUAGCCUGUCUUAUAUACAUAAUUACAGAGAAAUGCACUGCAAAACUAUUGUGCUGUGGGAAAAUAUGUCAAAAUGUCUCAACUGUUGUUUUCCAUGUCAUCAGGACGUGUGCUGUGGUGGAGUUUGAGACCCUGGAGGGGGCCAGGUUGGCCUACCGAGCCCUGCAGAGAGGAAGAGCAGAGGGGGCCGAGGUGUGUGUCGCACCCCUGGGCAGCCCUGGCACGCGCUCCCCCCCCUCCUCCUCGUCCCACCCCACCAACCAGGAUGAGGCAGCGGAGGAGGAGGGUGAGGAGGACCGCGAGCCGGUUGGAGGUCCCGAGGCGACCAAGGUGUCCCAGAAAAAGCCCAAGGUGAAAUCUAGAUGUUUCACCAACAGCUCCCUUAAGGAUCAAGUCCUGUCUAGAUGUUUCAUAAACAACUCUAUGAAGGAUCCGGAACUACUGAAGAGCUUAGAGUCUGACCCAGCCCCGACCCAGGCCACAGUCCCAACCCUGGGUUCAGCCCCAGCUAGGCCUACAUGCAGCAGGAUCCAGCGCCAUAAGUACCUGGACAGCCCCCUGGGCCUGGAGGGUCAUGGCCAGACAUCACACUGGGAUAGGCCCUCCUCCCUGGACAGCCAUGCGUCCCGCAUUCCCCUGGUCCUGUCUAAGCUCCAGGGCUCAAGGUCUGGAGGUGUGGGAAGGAGCAGGUGCUCUGGGGACCAUGCACAGGAGAAGGUUGCUUGCCCCUGGGUGCAGCGCCGGAAGGUGGCUGCAAGCGCGGCCCUACUCCACCUGGAGGCCCCGGGCCAGCUGCGGAGACAUGCUCUGCCGCUGAGGGUGGUGCGUCUGCCCCAUGGACCCUACAGUACCAAAGGCUUCUAUGGAGGCAGGGGAAGAGGGAAGCCGCCUCAGCAGCAGUAA